AUAGGUAUACAAUUUGGAUUCAAUAAAUUUUUUAAAAAUUGUCGUAGCAUUUUGCUCUAUAUUUAAUGUUUCUGCCGCGUAGCUAGCAAAAAUUUGGACUACAGCAAGUGCUCGAGCAUGAAAAGGCAAAGGGUCAACCGAACUGCAGCGAAUCAUGUUUACGUGGAUACUCCCUCGGAUGAAGCAGAUUCCUUCUCGCUCAAUGAAACCAAAUCUAGUCAGAUUGGACGAUGGAUGGAGGCGGAAAUCCUCCCGGGGGAUACCCUUCAAGCGGUUGCAUUGAGAUUUAAUUGCACGAUUGCGGAAUUGAAAAAAAUAAACAAAAUCGAUAAAGAUAACGAAAUAUUUGCAAAACGAAUCAUCCGAGUGCCAAUAACUCCACAUUCGAUACUUUUGGAAACGUUGCCAAAAGUGCAUAGCAGCGGAAAUAGUAGCCCAAAAAAUGUCCCGGCCGCUCCACUUUUGUCAUCUUCUACGCUGGAAGAACAAAUUGACCUGGAUGAGAAGCUGAUUGUAGCUGCCGUCAGCAAUGCUUCAUAUAAUCAUCAGCAGACGCACCAGCAUUUGAAACCAUUCCACGACGAUCCGCUGGAAGGAUCAAGCCACGAGAUUUUCUCAAAUAGCGAUGGUAUCGACGCUGCAAACAUCCGACAAUCCCUGCUCAGCGGAGAAUAUGAUGAAAGCAUACCGCAGCCACGUCCUGUACGAUUACCGGCCAACGAUUUUUCAUGUAAUGGUUCCGACUGUGAUAUGUCGUGGAUAUGUCUGUUAGUAUGUAUAUUGGCAUUGUGUUUCGCCAUUCCUAUGAUAUACGUCUUCUAUGUCGCCGAACAUACCAUUUUGCACCAUGAUAAUGUAACAGGAAUAACCACUAUUCAUUCGAAACUGUGAUCUACACUUUAUUGCAUUGUUAAGAUUUUUGUUUGAUAACUAGUGUGUUUGAAAAUGCGAUUUUAUUUAUUUCAAUCAUUUCGUUGUUCAGGUAUGUCUCAGAUUUUUAAAAUUUGAUUCGGAUUACUGCAGUAAAUUCCAGUUGCUGCACUGCUUGUUUAUGUAUUUUGUUCAGGAAACAUGGGUCCCAAAAAUAUAUUAUUUUUUUCAUAAACGGAACAGUACCGGACGAUGUCCAAUUUUGGCUAAUUAUGAACGAUAUUUCUUUCUAUCGAUGUUUUGUUUAAAGUAUCUAUUAAAACUAUGUUUGAAAUUUUCGAUCGCUUUUACAAUUGUUGAAUGGUGUUGUGCGAGAUGAACUCUAAGUUAGAAUUUUGAAACUUUACUAACUGUAUAGCUUGAUAGAUGCAGUAAGUGUGCUUUAUAGAGGAAGUAAAAAGGUGCUGAAUAUGUAAACGGUAAGAUUUUUGCUGACUCUGGCCUCCUCUACAUAGUCAGUCAAAAAAGCCUCCUCUAUAGUAAAAAACACAAAAAUAUCUACCGAAAUCUUAACAACGUAAAUGUAGCUUAAAUCGAUUCGAUAUUUACUGUUUCUAUUCUUAGAUCCUAGCAAACUUGAACGGUCAGUUAUCACAAAGAGCAUCACUUUGAUAAAGAAAAAAAAACCUAUCUAUUCUAAAUAGAUUUUUUAUGCAAUUUAACGAUCAGUAAAUAUGAUAAUUAAGAAUGAUUACGAUUACAGUGCCUUUUGACACUUGUUGGCAGAGAUAUUAUCUAAUAAAAUAAUAUUCG